GAUUAAUCAUCGGAGAGAUGAAUCGCUGAUACUCUACAGAACUUCACCAACAGAACCAAAGCAAUGAAGACACAGGCAGAAGGUGACGCUGCCGCAGCAUCUAAUCCCUGCGAAGGAGGAGGAGGAGGAGAGAAGAAGAGCAUAAACGCGGAGCUGUGGCAAGCUUGUGCGGGGCCACUGUUGAACCUACCUUCAGCUGGGACUCAUGUCGUUUACUUUCCUCAAGGCCACAGCGAACAGGUUGCAGCUUCUCUGAAGAAAGAUGUGGAUGCCCAAGUCCCAAACUAUCCCAAUCUUCCCUCCAAGUUACCGUGUCUCCUUCUCAAUGUCACCUUGCAUGCAGAUCCAGAUACAGAUGAAGUAUAUGCUCAGAUGACACUUCAGCCAGUGCCUUCUUUUGAUACAGAUGCCUUAUUAAGAUCAGAUCUUUCUCUCAAGUCGAGUAAGCCGCAGCCUGAGUUUUUCUGUAAACAACUGACAGCAAGUGAUACGAGUACUCAUGGCGGUUUCUCUGUACCCCGCCGUGCUGCCGAGAAGAUUUUCCCCUCUCUUGAUUACUCUAUGCAACCUCCUGCUCAAGAACUUGUGGCCAGGGAUUUGCAUGAUAAUUUUUGGAAAUUCCGCCAUGUAUAUCGGGGACAACCAAAGCGUCACUUGCUUACUACUGGAUGGAGUCUAUUUGUCAGUGGAAAGAGGCUUUUAGCUGGAGAUUCUGUUUUAUUUAUAAGGGAUGAAAAGCAGCAGCUGCUUCUGGGUAUCAGACGAGCUAACAGGCAACCCACCAAUUUAUCAUCCUCAGUACUAUCAAGUGAUAGUAUGCACAUUGGAAUUCUGGCUGCAGCAGCUCAUGCUGGUGCAAACAAUAGUCCCUUCACUGUGUUUUAUAAUCCUAGGGCUAGUCCCUCAGAGUUUGUUAUUCCUUUAGCCAAGUACUACAAGGCAGUGUAUAGCAACCAAAUAUCACCUGGCAUGCGCUUCCGUAUGAUGUUUGUAACUGAAGACUCAGGAACCAGAAGAUAUAUGGGUACAAUUAUUGCUGUCAGUGAUUUGGAUUCCGUGAGAUGGAAAAACUCACAAUGGCGUAAUUUGCAGGUUGGUUGGGAUGAAUCAACUGCUGGGGAGAGGCGAAGUAGGGUCUCAAUCUGGGAAAUUGAACCUGUGACUACUCCAUUUUUCAUCUUCCCAACUCCAUUCUUCGGAUCCAAGAGACCAAGGCAACCAGGAAUGCUUGAUGAUGAGCCAUCCGAUUUCAAUAACUUUUUCAAGAAUGCAACGCCUUGGCUUGGAGAUGAUAUGUGCAAAAAUGAUCCUCAAGCUCUCCCUAGCAUGAGCUUAGUUCAAUGGAUGAGCAUACAGCAAAAUCCUGCUAUGGCUAGCUCAUUGCAACCAAAUUAUGCGCCUUCCAUGCCUGGAUCUGUUCUGCAAAAGCUUCCCGGUGCAGAUAUUGCCCAUCAGCUGGGAUUUUAUACUCCACAAAUCUCUCAGUCAAACAAUGUAUCCUUUAAUGCUCAGAGGAUAAUUCAGACUCCCCAGCAACUUGAUCACCUUCGGAAGCUACCAUCCACAUCUAGUGCAUUGGGAACAGUCAUGCAGCCCCAGCAACAUUUGGGUGAAUCUAGGCAGAACUUGGCAAAUCAAACUCUACCACAGAGUCAAGUUCACACCCAACUUCUGAAUCCCCAGAGUCUUGUCCAAACCAGCAACAUUCUUCAACAGCAACAACCAUCCAUUCAAAACCAUCAACUCCGUAGAAGUCUCUCUCAGAACCCAUCACAGCAGCUUCAGCAGACUAUAAUGGGCCAGAAUCGACAGCUAAAUUUGAUCCAAUCCCCCAUGCCUGAUCAUAUUAAUCAACCAUUAGAGAUGUCUGAUAAUCAGGUUCGGCUUCAGUUGUUACAGAAGCUUCAACAACAACAACAAACACUCUUGGCACAGCAAUCUGUGUUGCAGCAGCCUACUCAACUUAUUGAAAUCCAAGACCAACAGAGGCAGCUUUUAGAUGUAGCACACAACUCUAGGGCCCUAACUCCUGGUCAAGUGUUGGAAAUUCCUCCUACACUUCAAAACUCACUCCUUGAGGCUAAUUCUAUCCCCCAUCAGAUAACAUCGCCUAAUAGCCAAAACAAUAUUCUAUUGUCUAAUCUAUCCCAGCAACCAAAGCUUCAUCAACCGCAGCCUGGCUUGCUGUCUGAAAUGACUGGCCACCUUGGGCUUUCCCCUACAACUACUACCAGUCUUCUAUCUGCUUCUGUUUGUAGUAUGCUGACAGGAGUAGGGCAAUCAGUAAUUACCGAUGAUAUUCCAUCUUGUUCCACUUCACCUUCCACAAAUAACUGUGCCAGUGCACUUCCUCCAGUGAUAAGUUCCCAGAUCGGUAAGAGCACAACAAUAGGGGAUGACGUGGCACAGUCGGCUGUCACGAUCUUGAGUCCAAGUACCUUAGAAACCAUGUCAUCUAAUACAAACUUGGGAAAAGAUGCGCAGCCAAAAUUUGAAGUUAAACCUUCUUUAAACAUUUCCAAAAAUCAGAAUCAAGGGAAUUUUGCUCCUCAGACAUACUUGAAUGGUGGUGUCCAGACAGAUUAUUUGGAUUCAUCAUUUUCUGCAACUUCAGUUUACCUUUCUCAGAGUGACACUCAUAUGCAUCAAAAUAACAACCCAUCAUCUUACAAUCCACAGUCGAUGUUUUGUAGAGACUAUAAUCAAAAUGUGGAAGUUCAGGCAGAUGCUAGGAGUAAUGUUCCAUAUGGCAAUAACAACGGCCAAAUGGGAAUGCCACUGAAUCUAGACUCUUUUCUAACCAAAGGCACAGUGGGGCUGGGGAAGGAUUUGUCAAAUAAUUUCUCUCCAGGAGGCAUGCUUGGGGACUACGAAAAUAACCGAGAUGCUAACCCAGAACUUUCAUCUUCAAUGGUUUCACAGACAUUUGGAGUCCCUGAUAUGACCUUUAAUUCAAUUAAUUCCACCAUAAAUGAUAGUAGCUUCUUGAAUAGGGGUCCAUGGGCUCCACCACCACUACCACUACCUCCACCACCACAACAGUUUCAGCGGAUGAGAACAUAUACCAAGGUAUAUAAACGGGGAGCUGUGGGAAGGUCCAUAGACAUAACACGCUAUUCAGGUUAUGAGGAACUUAAACAUGACCUGGCUCGUAGGUUUGGUUUUGAGGGACAGCUGGAGGAUUGGCAAAGGAUAGGAUGGAAACUUGUUUAUGUAGAUCAUGAGAACGAUGUCCUGCUAGUGGGAGAUGACCCCUGGGAGGAGUUUGUCAACUGUGUCCGCUGCAUUAAAAUACUUUCUCCUCAAGAAGUUCAACAGAUGAGCUUGGAUGGAGAUUUUGGCAAUGGUGGCCUUCCAAAUCAAGCUUGUAGCAGCUCUGAUGGUGGGAAUACUUAAAUGGAGUUCAGUAAUCUGCUAACUAUUCUUCCACAGUGGUAGCUCAAAUUGUUUUAAGGAGGCAUGCAUUAUUGUUGUCCCAGAGGCCUUAACUACACCUUUUUGGGAAGUUCUCUGGACGUUUUUGUCCUGCUCCUGCAGCAAGAGUAAUCUUUUGCUGUUAAAAGGAAAUUUUUUGGCAUUGCUCUGGACAGGGAAAUUUGAAGAGUCAGAUAGCCUGGUAAUGAACAUAUUUGGAGCACACGCACUCCCCAACAAAGUUAGAUGUCUUAAGCCAUGCAUAUGAUGAUGUUGUAAUAUAAUAUUGAUAAAAAAUUCUCUUGGCAUAGUUUGAAAUCUCUCUUUAAUUCAAGAGUAUUGUAGAAAAAAUUUAGUGUAUAGAAGUAGUAGGUUUCUUGUGCUGCCUUGGUUGGGCCUUUUGUAUACACUA